GGUCACACUUACUUCAAAUCAAGCGCAUCUUUACUUUCCCAAUUUUAAUUAAAUUAAAUAAAACAACUUAUAGGAAGACUGCAAAUGUUAACAUGUCGCAUGCAGCAUUCGACGAAGAAACGCUGGAGACACUGGUCUUCGAACGCUCCAAACGCUGGGCUAACACGAUGAAGCACUUCAUGGAAGUCGACGAUGGCGAAGAGAUUGAUAUGGAAAACAUUGAGAAUCUGUUUAAAGGUGAGGAAAGAGACCCCGAUGUACCGGAGGAUGAGGAGGCGGUAGAAGAUGAUCUGCUGGAAGCGGAUCUGCACAUGAGAAACAUGAAUACAACGACAGCCAUGAGCAAAGCGGAGCUGACGAUGAUUUUGUGCGCUGGGGAGAACAAAGCAGAAACGGCCGAAAUAGAGAAGAUUAUGAAUGAAACGAUGCCCGUUGUCGAGGAGCACAAGCGCAAGUGGAAGGCGGCUGGACUGGAUAAAAUACUGGACACCUUCGAUGCGCAGAAGAUCGAACAGCAUGUAGGAAAAUGGAUGCGCCGCAACAACAGUGUCUAUAUGGAGGCGGAGAGCUCCCAACGGCACGAUUCACACUUCGAUGCCAGCGACAACGAGUCGCUUCACUCCGUCGACACGGCCCGCUACAUAAUGCAGAGUCGCAGACGAAAUGCAACCACCUCCAAGGUGACCAACAUGACGACCAUCAAAAUGUAUCGCACACAUCCGCGUAGGCGCGACGAGCUGCGUGUCAAGUACGGCUACGACGAUGAACAGGAGCACCGCCAUCACAUGCAGGCACUGCUGCAUCGGCGUCGUGAGAAGGAGCGGAAGUUGGCCUAUCUCGCCAGCAGGCCCAGGCACUGCACCUACAAUGGCAGCAGCAGCCAUAGCAGCAGCCAUCACUCGCGACUCAAGCAUCUGCGUAAGCGUCGCGUCGCUUCAUCGUUUUUUGAGUCGGAGUCGAGCAAGGACGAGGAUGCCAAUUUAAGCGGGUGCGACUGCCGAUCUUGCCUGAGACGUUUGCUGACCAGAAGUGCCUAUGAAUGCUGUUCAUAUCGCGGCCAGCUCGAAUAUCAACACCAAUCAGCAUCGUCAAGGUCCCUGCACUGCGUGCGACGUCCACACAGCUUCCAGGAGGAGCUGGACCUGCGUCCACGCCUUUUGGAAAACGAUUGCAGCUGCUGCAACAGCGACCAGCUGUGCGCUGACGUGGUGCACAUUGCCAACAGCUCGACAGAGGAAUGGGUUGUGGAUAACUGCAACAGUCCCGUGCACACGGGCACGCCUACCAAACGCAACAAUCGUCUGCAAAUUUGCAAAAAGAAACAUUUAACGCUGAGGAAAACAUCACAGACCGUGCGCUCGAAGCGCCGUGAACGGGCCAUGCCUGAAUCCCUGCAUAAACUGACUAGGAAGGCAACUUCCGCUGUUGCAUCGAGGCGUGAGGCGACUAAUCAGUUUAUUAAACAUUCCAUUGACAGCGACACUUCCGAUGAAGACGCGCCCAUGAAACGCAGGCAGGCAGCAAUCUCAACUGUGGAAAAGGCCACCAAACAGAAAGCCAUUCCAACAAAAUGGCCUCCAAUCAGCGAAAUCGUGAUCAGGGCAAGUUCUGAAGAUGAAACGGAUUCUUCGGAUGAAGACGAAUUCAGAAAUAGAAGCCGUUUAAUGAGAUUCUCGGAGGGGAAACAGAAAAAGUUGGCCCAAAAUAGAAAAGCCAUCAAAACACCCAACAAGCCAAUGUCUUCUAUGGAAAAGCCGCCACAUAAGAAAACCGUAAGGACUUUGCCUGCAAUCAGCGAAGACACUGACAAGGCAGCAGAUUCCUCAAGCUUGCCUGAAACUCUGAAGGAAGAUGUAGCCAAGUCCGCGAAGGGAGUGACGCUAGAAGUUGACCGCCUCAAGAAAUUGUUUACCGCACAUAAAAUGGAACUAAAGAAAACAUACCAAACACCAACUGAGAUUUGCACCAACUCCGAUGUAGAUGUCAACUCGCAGAAGAUCUUAAAAAAUAAAUCAUCAGCAGAGACUUCCGUAACUGACGCGCCCGAGAAGAGGCGAUUGAGACCCAAGCCUGCUGCCACGAAUAAAUACAAUUCGAAUACUGCUUCAAGUUUGCCUCAAAUCAGCGAAGAAAAGGCUCACUCGCCAGAUUCCCAAUUCACAGCCAAUGAACAGAAUGUAAAGAUAAAGUCAGCAAUUGUAAGACUAAAACGUUGCGCCUUACCAAAAUAUGUCGAAGCAGCCAGCUCCAGCUCCAGCUCUGAUGAAGGUGAAUUGCCUGAACAAAAUAUGACUUCAUUAAAUGACACGGAAGAGGCUAAGGAGUUGAAGCGAGCCCUGGCCUUGUCCAAGAAAACUUAUCGAAUGGAGCAGUUGAAGCGCCAAGCAGAACAGAGGCUCAAGGUGGACCCACAAAUGACAGCGCUGGAGCAGUCUUCUUCGAUGUCUCUCUUCCACAAUAACAGCGUCGCCUGCAACUCCACCGCCUUGGCGAACGAUACGGCCAGUACUCGGAUAAUGAGGGUGAAAAAGCGCACUGCCAUGAGCACCUCGGAACAUGAACCGAAAAUUGACGAAAUUCUGCAAAAUGACUCAUCCCCGCCGAGCGUCAUAGACUUGGAAUCAAUCGAAGAGGGUGGCGAGGCCGACUGCACUGUGGUGACAUCCACAACCACUUGUGAGGCAAAAAAGCAAAAGCUACAGCCCCUUAAUAUUACCAAGAGGGGCAUCCUGCUGCACAGAAGCUCCACCACAGCCGAUUCGGGCAACUUUACGCUCACCGAGCAGGAACUUGGUCGGGUGAUUGGAGAACGUCGGGCCAGAAAAUAUCUCAAGUAUCACAUGGGCAGUCGCAGCUACGACAGCCGCCACUCGGUUUAUUAUCGCCCCACACCCAAGCUGGCAAGCGCACUCAGUGCCAGUCCGGACACUGCCCACACUCUGGUGCACGAGUUAGAGACCUCCAGUGGCUCUUGUUCCAGCGACGAAGACAUCUGGGAAAACAUUAAUCGAUAUGGAGAAGUGUACAGCAUUCUGGGGAAUUCCAAAGAGGAUUGAUUCGCCAGUUUUAACUUUAAGUUUUCUAUCCAUUCAUUCGUUAUAAAUAUAAUUUGGGAAUGUUUUC